GUCAACAAUCGGUGUUGCUCCGUUCGGACCCUCUGACACUCUUAAUUAGUACAUCGAAUAGUGAAGGUAGUGCUAGGUGCAGGACCAAGUUUGUCCCAUUCAUCCGUGGUGUUUGUGUACAGUGACUAUUGACAGUUGUGUGCCGAGAGCAUGGUAUCGUAUUACGGACAAUCUUCGAGCAUGUAUCGUCACCAGCAACAGAUAACUCCCAACGGACACUUCCAAGCGAACAAUCCUAUGCAUUCGUGGUACGCUGGCUACCACCAUCAAUCCCCCCAGUUGGCUGCGCCUACUGUUGGUUAUGGUGCCCAGGAGGACCAGCAAAUGUGGCAUCACCAUCCUGCACACCCGGCGCACGCGGUUUUUCAGCACGAUUAUUCGGACUUUAUACAUUCGGGCAUCCAGGGUUUGCAACACGUUCAACAUCACCAUGUGGAUCCGGACAAUCAACUCCCGUCGCCGCCUAUAACCGUGUCCGGUAGUGAUAUGUCUAGUCCUGGGGGCCAGAGCGGGAACAUUUCGCCCCAUCACCAUCAGAAUCAUACCCAAAAUAGGCCUCCGCCGGCUAGGAGUCCGUACGAGUGGAUCAAGAAGACGUCUUAUAAUUCUCAACCGAAUCCAGGUGAGUUAUGUAAAACGAGAACGAAAGACAAAUACCGCGUCGUCUACACCGACCACCAGAGGAUUGAACUCGAAAAAGAGUUCACUUUCAACAACAAAUACAUCACCAUCAGAAGAAAAUCCGAGCUAGCGACGAACCUUGGCCUAUCCGAAAGGCAAAUCAAAAUCUGGUUCCAGAACCGAAGAGCGAAGGAAAGGAAACAGAACAAGAAGCGGGUGGAGGAAAAAACCCACUUGGACAUCAUUAACAACGGAGUGUACCCCCACAAUGUCAUGAACCAUCAGCAUUCGCAGCUUCAAAAUUUAGAUCUGCACAGUCAGCAGCCUGUUCUACCCAAUAUGGUUCCUUCCCCAUCAGUCGUGAUGCAGAGGUUCAUGGAGAACAGCCAUUCCAUGAAGCUAGAAAGUAGUGAGAAUGACCAGAUAGGUUGACACUCGGAGCUACUAUGCAUGCUCGAGUGAGACAAAGUUUCGUGAUAUCAAUCUGGACAAUCUAUGCGAAGAAUCUAGAAUAUUUUUCGAAUUUGAUAUCGUUGGAAACGUCACUUUCAACUUACAUGUGUUCGGUUGGUGAUAAUGAUAGUGGCAGUCCCAAGACUUACAGAUACUUUCCGUUUUUCUUUGCACUUGUGACCUGAUGUUAUUUAUGAUUUUUGCUGUGAAUGUGAUCAAAAAUCGAACAAUCUUUGUCAUAUAAGCUUCUAAAUAAGUAUAUUAUGCUCAUAUGAUUCAAUAAUUGAUUCAUUAUGUUAUAUAACAUUCAAGUACGAACAAGCGGUGAUAUAAUAGUCAAAUAUUGAAACAAGAAAUGAAUAUUAUAAUGAAGUCUAUUUUCUUUAUUGAGUCCGAUUCUGUAAAUGUCAUGCUCACUUACUAACAUUGAACAUUUUGAUUUUAACGGGGUCCGUUGAGGAGUUCUGACGUAUAUGGAUAAACAUCAGUGUGUUUAACUUCAAGUGACGACAAUUCAUUAUUUUUUAUAACGAGUUGAUCAAAUUUGGAAAAUUUGUUCGAUAUAGUAAUAUAGUAUAUUACGGGAAUUAUACAUCAAAACUCCCAUUCUUCAUAAUAUAACCUAUUGCGAUAACAAAUAAGACCCUAUAUAUACUAUAAUAAUAAGUUUUUUUAAAUGACAUAUGCUUUGGGAUUUUAUUUGUUAUGUAUCGUCGUGGUGUAUGGAAAAAUUAGGAUUCUAUCGAAUUAAUGCAUACUAUAGAGUGUGUAGAGCUUUCGCAGUAAAGUAUAUAUAUAGUAUAUUUGGAAUAUCUGUUUUUUUUUCGAAAAUCGAGGGAAUCGCUAUAAAGUAAGGAAUUGUGGCCAUUCAUACUGAAACACACUGUAUCUAUUGUGAUAUUAAAAAAGUUGAGAAUAAAAGUCCAAUAAUUAUACAAUUAGAGAUAUAAUUCUGAUUUUGCCCCUCAAUGUAUACCUAUAUACGUUUUCGUAAAGUGUUCAUUGCGAUAGUAUCUUCAAUAUACACAUAAUACUUAUAAACCAGAUGUCAAUGAUGGAUUGAAUUAAUAAAUCUGAAGCCGUUUUUCAAGUGGUGAAACCGGUUCGAUAUUAUACCUUUUCCAGUUGUUUAUCACUUAUAUUACAGAAAGUAUCAAUGGUAUUUCAGAACAGUCACUUGUAUUUUAUAAAAUAUUGUAUUUGUAUUUCAUAAAAUAUUAUUUCAACUGAAUAACAGAUCGCAUCAAUUAUAUACACAACUCUUUUUUUCUUGUCCGUUUCUGGUGAUAUUUCGAUCAGAUCGUAGAUUCAUAUUUCGUAGUGUUAGCCUGAAUUUCAAUUCCUAAAAAAAUCUGAUGGCUUGAUCAUUAUCCAGGGAAAAACAAAAAUUAUUCUUUCACCCAUAACUUCUUGAGGCCCUGUGGCGAAAGUGAGUGAUUGAACUUAGCUUCCUCAUGUUUUGGAUUGAAGUCUGAUCCCUUCUUAAUAGAAUGGUUUCUGAUUCACGUUGAUAUCUUAUUUUUAGGAGGAGAUACACGUGUUUUAAGAAAGUAUGGAUGUUUCAAAUUUUGUUCAACAAUAAUUCAGCAGAAUUAUCUAACCUUCUGCUCCAUCAUGUUUUAUAUUGAAGUGGAAGUGUGAUCCCUUUUCAACACUUCUCAACAAAAUGGUUCUUCAUUCACGUCGAUAUCUUCAUUUUCUUUUGGGAACUAAAAUGCAGGUUGAGAUUUCGUAACAGACGAUUUGGUCAGGAUUCCACCAGAAUCGAACAAGAAUUAAAAAAGUUACGGGGCGACCAAUUUGACGAUUAUUUUUGAUGGCCAGUUUUUUUGCCGGUGAGUGUAUUUCCGAAUUUCAGAAUUCUCAGGAGAAAUUGGUUUAUUAAUUUGAACAAAUCAAGUUCUUCUCACAGAGCUUUAUGGAGCAAUUAACACUCUAUGAUGCCUUCUCACAUGGAAAAUAUAAUACUUUCUACUUGCAAUUAAAUCUUGGUAUAAGGACAUCCAGUAUACAAGUUUUGAAGGGGUUUUAUCUGCUGGACAGGAGUUCGGCAGGUAUAGUUGACAUUUUCAUUUGAAAUUAAAAAAAUUCCAAGAAUAAAAAUCGACCUAUUAGGCGGAUUUUAUUCCAUCACAAAUUUCCAUACCAAAUCAACAUUUCGAGAUAGGUGUAUUUACAGAAUCGAGACUAAUAAUGGCUAAAAAACUAAUCGAAAUCAGUUAGUAAACAUUGAAAUCGAGAAUGUUCCGAUGUUUUAUGACUAAUAUAUAUAGGAUGUAUCAGAAAUUACUUUCCGAGAUGUGUUAAAAAUGCUGAGAUUAUAGUUAGUUAAGAGAAUAGUGAAGAUGUAUAUAAAAGUGUAUAAUGAACUGUAUUUUUUUUGUGUUCCAUUGUGAAUAUAUGAAUUUUGAAACAUCCUGUAUAUACGUAUAUAUUAUAGUUUGCCGACUACUGUCGAAUAACUAAUUUAUUUCAUGUUGCACACAUUUCCCGUCCAUAAUUUAUGUGCAAUCCAUUACUUUUUGUGCAAUUAUAGACUCUGAAAGAGGAUUUUAGUGACUUUAGUUUCGUUUCUAGGUAAACUUCGUUGCUAAUCAGUUCGCGAAAGAGAAUGUGUAUAAACUGAGUUAAUAAAUUUUUGUUUUUUA